AUGUUUCAUUACCCUUCUACAUGGGUUGUUGCUGUUGUUUGCACUAUCCUUGUCGCCGUUUCAUUUGCUCUUGUACGUGGUCUUCAUCAUCUUGGCAAGUUUCUUAAGACGAAAAAUCAAGAAUCACUCUUUCAAGCCUUACAAAAAAUCAAAGAAGAGUUGAUGCUGUUGGGUUUUAUUUCUAUAUUUCUGGCUCAAGCACAAAAUGUGAUUGUAGAAAUCUGUGUUCCAGAAAAAAAUGAUGCAUCAUAUGCUUCCUUACGCCUUCUUAGUGAUAAUGGUAAUCAUCCAUCACAAGAGGGACAACAUGGCUACUGUGCUGCCAAGGGAAAGGUUCCUCUGUUAUCAUUGGAAGGACUGCAUCGCCUGCAUAUCUUUAUUUUUGUCCUAGCUAUUUGUCAUGUGGCCAUAUCUGUUUUGACUAUUGUUUUUGGAGGAUUAAUCAUUUGUAAAUGGAAGCACUGGGAACACUCUAUUGGUGUAGAUGAAGACAAUGAAUCACAACAUGCUUCGGAGCGGGCGGAGGAGGUGACUCAUGUUCAUGAGCAUGAAUUUAUACAGUAUCAUGUUUUUGGUUCUGGCAAAAAUUCUGCUAUAACAGGAUGGGUGAGAUCAUUUUUCAAGCGAUUUUAUGGAUCUGUGACAAAGUUGGAUUAUGUAACAUUAAGGCGAGGUUUCAUUAUGACUUAUUGUAGGGGCAAUCGAACGUUUAAUUUUCAUAAGUACAUGAAUCGUGCACUUGAAGAAGACUUCAAGAAAGUUGUUGGUAUAAGUUGGUAUCUUUGGAUCUUUGUGGUCAUAUUUUUGUUGCUUAAUAUCCAUGGUUGGCAUGCAUAUUUCUGGAUUGCAUUCAUUCCUAUUAUUGGCUCAUGCUCAGUAUCCAUUUCAACGUACUAA